GGAGGGACAGUCGAGAGCGAGUUAGUCUGACAGCAUCCACACGCCAGAGCAUGCUCCCGGGUUCUUCUUCCUUCCAGCUGAAAUGACAGCUUUCUCGUCGGUGGUUUAGAGCCCCUUUUUCCUGCUUCCCAGAGCUCAGCGAGUUUCCAUUGGAUGACGGCGUGUUGGACUUCUCGCUGCUGAGCAGGGAUCGGAGAAGCAGCGCGCGUUCUGCCAUGGCUUCGGACCAGGAAAGGAUCCGAGAGCGCAUUAAAGAGCUCCUGAAGAAACCUGGGAACGGAAACUGUGCCGACUGCGGAGUGGCAGGCCCAGAGUGGGCAUCCUACACCCUGGGGGUGUUUGUGUGUCACAGCUGCUCAGGCCUCCAUAGAAACAUUGCUCAAAUCAGCAAGGUAAAGUCUCUACUGCUGGAUCCCUGGAGCUCUUCUGAGGUAGAGUUUAUAGGUUCUGUGGGGAACAUUGCUGCCAAGGCCAAAUAUGAACAGAUAGUACCUGCCUUCUACUAUCAACCCACAUCCAAAGAUUGCAUACUCCUGCGGGACCAAUGGAUACGAGCCAAGUACGAGAGGAAGGAGUUCAUGUUCGUGGAGAGGCAAGAACCCUACUCAGCAGGCUACAGAGAAGGAUGCUUAUUGAAGCGAGGAAGAGACAACGGGCAGUACCUCAGCCGAAAAUUUAUUCUGACUGAACGUGAAGGAGUCCUGAAAUACUUCAACAAGCAUGAUGCCAGAGAGCCCAAAGCGAUCAUGAAGAUCAGCACUGUGAAUGCUACUUUUCAGCCAGCUAAAAUCGGCGUUCCUCAUGGGCUGCAGAUUACCUAUCUGAAGGACAACAGCACCAGGAAUAUCUUUGUUUACCAUGAGGAUGGCAAGGAAAUGGUGGACUGGUUCAAUGCAAUCCGAGCUGCAAGAUAUCACUACCUGCAGGUGGCAUUUCCUGGUGCUUCAAACUCUGAGCUGUUACCAAAGCUAACCAGGAACUACAUAAAGGAGGGUUACAUGGAGAAGACUGGGCCGAAGCACACUGAAGGCUUCAAGAAGAGGUGGUUUACGAUGGACGAAAGAAGGCUCAUGUACUUCAAAGAUCCACUGGAUGCCUAUGCUCGAGGCGAGGUUUUCAUUGGCAGUAAGGAAAACAGCUACUCUGUCCUUCCUUACCUCCCUUCCAGCGCUCAGGGGACCCACUGGCCAUUUGGAAUUACCAUAGUGACUCCAGACAGGAAGUUUCUUUUUGCUUGUGAGACCGAGGAGGAUCAGAAAAGCUGGAUGGCAGCCUUUCAGAUUGUUAUCAACCGACCGAUGCUGCCGCGGGAGUAUGCCGUGGAGGCUUACUUUAAGCACAAACCGUGAUUAUCUCUCUCCCCUCGAAGUGCAUCUCAUCGUGGGGUCCUGUACAAAGAAAAACUGAUGUUCGAUCCAAAGGUUGAAAGAGCUUCGACAACUCCUCCUCUUCAUCAGCCACCUUUCCACCCUCCUUGACCUCAGCAACAAAGGAGCCAGACUCAUUUCCCCUGGGAAACGUCUGUCACUCCAAUGCUCAUUAAUGCCAGGGCAUGGACCCUCCUAAUGUACUGAAUUGUUGAAACAGGACAAAACUGUUGCUGCUUGGAUCCAAGGAAACAGCGGUGUCUAAUUUUCUCGGGUACAUUCGGUAUUUACCAACACUGCCAUUACUGAUCUUGCAAAUUAUUUAAGUUUGGGCCAUUUAACAGGAAUAUAAAGUAUGAAAGAAUAACAUGACACAAGACUAACAAGGUGAAGGUCUCACAUAUGCAUGCUAUUUUGUAUCACUGAUAUGUAUGAGUGCAAUUGUAUUUAACUAUUUAUUUUUUUAACUGUAAAUGUAGCUAUACCUUACCUUUAAUAUUGUCUUAUGAAGCAAUGAUUUGCCCCCCCCCCCCCCACUCGAUUUCUGCAUUAAGCAGCUUUCAUGUUAAAUCCAAGUUUUCAUUGUAAUCUUUUAAUGGGUGACAUGUUAUUACAUUGUCCUCCAGCAGAGGGAGACAAAUAAAUUUUAAACUCACUAUUAAGUUUUCCCAAAACUCUCCAGCGUCUCAUUAAUAUCACCUAACCUGUGCCUGCGGGGCUUCAUAUUAAAUAAUUUGAAUGAACUGUGAAGAGAAUGGCAGGAGGGUGGUUUAUGAUCAUCUGCGGUUGCUAUUGAAAUGUGUUAAUGGCAUUUUGAUAUCUGCAUUGACUUUAACGGCUGUCAUUUAAGUCAAACACAGAUUACGGA